UCUGAUUAUCGUGACAACAGGUUUGUUUACAUCGAAAGCGCUGUACAGUCAGUAAAAUACACCCGGUGAAUGUGUGUGGCUGUGUAAAACAUUUUUAAGACACACAGACAGUUUCCUCUUCAUCAAAUGUAGACGUCCAUGACUUUUAAUCUUUUAAAAGUUAAUUUGAACAGAUUCUCAGACAUAACGGGUCUGUGUUUGAUGUGUUAUCCGGCUGGGAAGGAUGCUGGUCGGAUACAGCAGCAGCUCAGAGGACGAAGGUGAAGCUGGAAGUGAAGCAGAACUGAAGAAGAGGAGGUGUCAAGAGGAAAAUGAUGAAGAAGACAGCAACCCAGCGAGGAAGAAAGCCAAAACUGAGGAACAGGUUACGAAAGCUAGGCUGCCUGUCCCCCAUUGCCUGUUGACCAUGUUUCCAGAUGACGUGGAUCCACAGACUGAGGACAGUUCUCUUCACGGUGGACGCAUCCGCUCCUUCAAACACGAGAGAGGGAACUGGGCCACAUAUGUUUAUUUACCGUAUCAUCCUGUGGAGGAGUUUGGUGAGUUUCUGGACGAGCUGCUGGCGGCGGUGAAGACCCACGGCGUCGUGUUGACUCCACAGGAGGAGUUCCACAUCAGUUUGUCUCAGACUGUGGUGUUGAGGCACCACUGGAUUCAGCCCUUCACGCAGAGCCUCAAAACAGGACUGGCACACUGCAAGAGGUUCAUGUGUUCGGCAGAAAAACUGAAAGUCUACUGUAACGCAGAGAAGACCAGAACAUUUCUGAGUAUGGAAGUGUGCACUGGGCAUGCUCAGUUGAUGGACCUCAUCCAAAUAGUGGACAGAACCAUGACAGAUUUUCGCCUGGAAACUUUCUACAAGGAUCCGUCGUUCCAUGUGAGUUUGGCGUGGUGUCCUGGAGACGCCACGGUGCAGAUGCAGGAGUGUCUCCAACAGCUGCAGACUCUGGUUGAUGACCAUGAAGAAGGUCCGUUCACGCUCAGGUUGGACUGUGUGGAGCUGCGGUGUCGGACGGGAAACAAGACCUUCUGCUUCCCUCUGGACUCCUAACAGUUUAUACAUGCAUGUGUUUUCAGACCACUGGAGACCCUCUGCUGUUAUGCACAAAAUAGAUCCACACAUGGUGUUUACUUAUGGCCAAAUCUUAACAAAUAAAUCAUAUUUUACUAAUACUGAGGUUUUCUGAAUAAAGUCCGUUGUGGUUUUCAAAGACUGAA